AUGGGCCAUUUGGACAUCCUACCGAACGGCAACCGGGGAAACACCGUUCUCCAUGGCCUUUGGCUCAGAAGCGGUAUUCUAGUGGAAAUCGAAGAACCUUCCCACCGAACAGAAACUUUCGCCCCAAAGGCGAAUGAGGAGGCACUCGCCUUAAGCCUCGACCUGGUCGAAGAACGCCGAGCGCAGGCCAACCUUCGGAAUGAAGCUUACAAACAGCGCGUCUCUUGGUACUACGACUCCAGGGUCAGAUCCCCCUCUUUCCGAGUCGGAGAUUGA